CAAUCCAUUGAGUUUCCUUCUUCCUUUGGCAAUUCUCCAAAUUCAAUAAAUCAAACCAAAUCUUUUUCCUCAGUCAAAAAUUCCUUUCUCUCCGCGAGAUUUCCAUUGCUGCCAAACCAGAAACGCGUUUUUUUUCCCUAUAUUCACCACCGGCAAUCUCCUCCAAUUUAACAAACAGUAACAAGUACUUUUCUUGCCACUCUAUCUACUCUUAUAUUUUGUUAUAGUUAUCUGUAAUAUAUACAAUCAACUGAGUGUUUUAAUCAAUCCCGGUUCUUGAUUCUGCGUGUGGACAGUUUGUCAUUCGUAAGCUGCGUGUUCUUGAUUUAGGUUCAUAUUUUGAAAUUUUGUUUACGGAAGAAGAAGAUGGGAGCUGUUUGUCCUGGAGGAACGAAAUCCAAGCCAAAACAUGUGAAUAAGGUUGGAGAUGGAGAGAAUAAUAAGACAGCAGGAUUUUCAGGAAAACUGAAGUCAAUAAAAAGCUUUACCAAAAAGAAACAGAAUUCUCCUUCAAAUAAUAUUACUACUACUGGCACUGCAGCCAAUAAAGAUGAGUAUGAUGAUGGCUUUGGCGAAACGCUGACGCGGAGCAGGUAUAAUUCUGGUGAGCUGUUGAACUUCUCAAGAGAACUCAAGCCUUCAGCUCCGGCGAGGGGCGGAAUUGUUAAGGAUAUCCAUAAGAGUUCAUUUAUAGAAAAAGCUGGUGCAGUGAGCCUGGAGAAAGCAGUUGAAGUUCUAGACACUCUUGGAAGUAGCAUGUCAAAUUUGAAUGCCCGAGGCGGCUUUGUCUCUGGCAUGGCUUCCAGAGGGCAUGCAAUAUCCAUAUUGGCAUUUGAAGUUGCAAAUACAAUUGCCAAAGGUGCAAACUUAUUUCAAUCACUUUCCGAUGAAAAUGUCAAAAUCCUGAAAAAGGAGAUAUUACAUUCAAAAGGCGUACGACAAUUAGUUUCGACAGAUAUGAAAGAAUUGCUAUGUAUUGCAGCUUCUGACAAAAGAGAGGAAUUGGAUGUAUUUGCCAAAGAAGUAAUUCGAUUUGGAGAUCGAUGCAAAGAUCCACAGUGGCACAACCUUAGCCGAUUUUUUUCAAAAUUAGAUUCAGAAUAUUCCACUUAUACACAGUCUAAAGAAGAGUCAGAAAUGACAAUGCAGGAAUUGACUACUCUAGCCCAUCAUACUUCUGAACUAUACCAUGAGUUGAAUGGUCUGGACAGAUUUGAGCAGGAUUUUAAGCAGAAGCUAGAAGAAGCUGCCUCCUUGCAUCUCCCCAAAAAAGGAGAGAGUCUCUACAUUUUGCAACGUGAGAUAAAAGAACAAAGGAAGCUUGUAAGGAGCUUGAGAAGGAAAUCUCUAUGGUCUAAAAGUUUAGAAGAGGUCAUGGAGAAGUUCGUCGAUGUUGUUACCUACUUGCACCAAAGAAUAAUAGAUGCAUUUGGAAAUAAUGGCGCUGGAUUGGCUAGUGAGAGGCCAGGAAAGAAAUCUCAAAGGCUCGGCGCAGCUGGUCUUGCACUGCACUAUGCCAAUGUUGUGCACCAAAUUGAUAACAUUGCAUCUCGACCAACCUCCCUUCCACCUAAUACAAGAGACAGCUUUUAUCAUGGAUUGCCAUUGUAUGUCAAGACAGCUAUGCGGUCCCGACUGCAAAUGAUUGAUGAUAAGGAAGAGCUCACAGUAACUCAGGCGAAAGCUGAAAUGGAAAAGAUUCUUCAUUGGCUGGUACCUGUUGCCACCAGCACUACCAAAGCACAUCAAGGUUUUGGAUGGGUCGGAGAGUGGGCGAAUGUAACCACACAGAAUAACCUGAUCCGCCUUCAAACGCUUUAUCAUGCUGAUAUUCGAAAGACUGAUGAGUAUAUCCUUGAAUUAGUAAUGUGGCUUCAUCGUUUAAUCAACUUAGUAAGACAUAGAGAUCAUGAAUUACGAGCUACACCUUUCCGAUCACCAACUCGUAAGGGACUGGUUUUCCUCACCAAGAUGCAACGGCAUUUUUCUAUUAACCAUUACAGCAUUCAACUUUCUGAAGAAGAUAGAGAUAUAUUGAACAGGGUGUGCAAACGGAGAUUGGUUCCCGGAAUAAGCAAGAGUCAAGAAUUCUCUGUAGCUAAGAAAAAAGGAAAACUCUGGGCUUUGAACAGAAGCACUGGAAGCUCUCCAGUUAGGGAGGUUAAGAGCAGACAAAACUUGGAUCCUCGGAAUAUGUUGGAUGUUAUGGAUGGCUUGCAUUUCACAUUAUGAGAUUUUAUAAUCUAGUCCCCGUUAGGCCGUUACUUUAGGAAUUUGGCUUUUCUUUGUGAAUUAUAUUUUUUUAUGUAUAUUCAUUCUUAUCAUAUUUGCAUAUUCAUUUUUGAAUUAUACAAGUGAUUUAUAGUGUGAUAUAAAUGUGUUUAUUAA